AUGAGGCUCCUGACGCACAACAUGCUGGCGUCGAACGUCCGGGGCGCAACCACCGGCUACCCGCUGACACUGGAGGUGACCAAGUGGUGCACCAAGGAGGUGGAGCUCAACGCCGACUUCAUCCGCGGCCUCCUCCCCAAGAUCGACUGGCGCGCGCUCGUCGCCGCCACCCGCGCGCUCGGCCUCCCCGAGCUCCUCCCCGAGGACCAGCCCCCCGAGGAGGAGAUCUUCGCCGAGGGCGCCGCCGACGUCGAGGGCAGCGCCAUCCGCCGCAUCCACCACGCGCUCCUCGAGGUCCACGUCCAGGAGGGCUCCCUCGUCUGCCCCGACACCAGCCGCUGCUUCCCCAUCAACAAGGGCAUCCCCAACAUGAUGCUCCACGAGGACGAGGUCUGA